AGUCUCCUCUUCCCUAGUUGUUCACAACAAACUAACGAAAACCAAAAUCUAGCCGCCAUCUCUUAUUCUUUCUAGUUCAUUCUUUCCCGAUUUAUAAUGUCUGGUAAAGGAGAAGGUCCAGCGAUCGGUAUCGAUCUCGGCACGACGUACUCUUGCGUCGGAGUAUGGCAACACGACCGUGUUGAGAUCAUCGCUAAUGACCAAGGUAACAGGACGACCCCGUCUUACGUCGCUUUCACCGACUCCGAGAGGCUCAUCGGUGAUGCAGCUAAGAAUCAGGUCGCCAUGAACCCCAUCAACACCGUCUUCGAUGCGAAGAGGUUGAUCGGUCGUCGUUUCAGCGACAGCUCUGUACAGAGCGACAUGAAGUUGUGGCCAUUCAAGAUCAUCGCAGGACCUGCCGAGAAGCCAAUGAUAGUCGUCAACUACAAGGGCGAAGAGAAACAGUUCGCCGCCGAAGAGAUCUCUUCCAUGGUUCUCAUUAAGAUGCGUGAGAUUGCAGAGGCUUACCUUGGUGUCUCCAUCAAGAACGCCGUCGUCACUGUUCCUGCCUACUUCAACGACUCUCAGCGUCAGGCUACCAAGGACGCUGGUGUUAUUGCUGGUUUGAACGUUAUGCGUAUCAUCAACGAGCCCACCGCUGCUGCUAUUGCCUACGGUCUUGACAAAAAGGCUACCAGCGUUGGUGAGAAGAACGUGUUGAUCUUUGAUCUUGGUGGUGGUACUUUUGAUGUCUCCCUUCUCACUAUUGAGGAAGGUAUCUUUGAGGUUAAGGCCACUGCCGGAGACACUCAUCUCGGUGGGGAAGAUUUUGACAACAGGAUGGUCAACCACUUUGUUCAGGAGUUUAAGAGGAAGAGCAAGAAGGACAUUACUGGAAACCCGAGAGCUCUUAGGAGGUUGAGGACUGCCUGUGAGAGGGCAAAGAGGACUCUUUCCUCCACUGCUCAGACCACCAUCGAGAUUGACUCUCUCUUUGAGGGAAUUGAUUUCUACUCUGCACUUACCCGUGCCAGAUUCGAGGAGCUCAACAUGGAUCUCUUUAGGAAGUGUAUGGAGCCAGUUGAGAAGUGUCUACGUGAUGCUAAGAUGGACAAGAGCACCGUCCACGAUGUUGUCCUUGUCGGUGGCUCCACCCGUAUUCCCAAGGUUCAGCAAUUGCUUCAGGACUUUUUCAACGGCAAAGAGCUUUGCAAGUCUAUCAACCCCGACGAGGCUGUUGCUUACGGUGCUGCAGUCCAGGGAGCUAUUCUCAGCGGUGAAGGAAACGAGAAGGUCCAAGAUCUUCUCUUGCUUGAUGUCACUCCUCUCUCACUCGGUCUUGAAACCGCCGGUGGUGUCAUGACCACUUUGAUCGCAAGGAACACCACCAUUCCUACCAAAAAGGAGCAAGUGUUCUCAACCUAUUCAGACAACCAGCCAGGUGUGUUGAUCCAGGUGUUCGAGGGUGAGAGAGCCAGAACCAAGGACAACAACCUACUCGGGAAGUUUGAGCUCUCUGGAAUCCCUCCAGCCCCACGUGGUGUCCCUCAGAUCACUGUCUGUUUUGACAUUGACGCCAAUGGUAUUCUCAACGUCUCUGCUGAGGACAAGACCACCGGACAGAAGAACAAGAUCACCAUCACCAACGACAAGGGUCGUUUGUCCAAGGACGAUAUUGAGAAGAUGGUCCAGGAGGCUGAGAAGUACAAGUCUGAGGAUGAGGAGCACAAGAAGAAGGUGGAAGCCAAGAACGCUCUCGAGAACUACGCUUACAAUAUGAGGAACACCAUCCAGGACGAGAAGAUUGGUGAGAAGCUACCGGCUGCAGACAAGAAGAAGAUCGAGGACUCGAUUGAGCAGGCGAUUCAGUGGCUAGAGAAUAACCAGUUGGGUGAGGCUGAUGAGUUUGAAGACAAGAUGAAGGAGUUGGAGAGUAUCUGCAACCCAAUCAUUGCCAAGAUGUACCAAGGAGCUGGCGGUGAAGCUGCAGGGAUGGACGAUGAUGCUCCUCCUGCCUCAGGCGGUGCUGGCCCUAAGAUCGAAGAGGUCGACUAAUCUGUUGAUUCCUGACGUCUCUCUAUCUCUUUCACUGCUUAUUUCGAUUUCUUAAGAACUUUUCUAUGUUGGGCCUUUUUGAUAGGCCCGUUUUGCUAUUAUUUUGUUACAACUUUUUGAACUCUGGAUUUUCUGUCCAGCUAUGAUGACGGAUAAG